CACCUUGAAAUGGUUUUUGCGAAUUAUUAUUAUUUAAAUUUCCAAAUAUCAACAGCUUUGAUUUCCACCAACAGGAUACACUCAUGGACUAAUUGUUGAACAAUUAUUCUUGUUCCAUUUAACACAUAAUCUUGGAAAUCAAUGUGAGUGACCAGAAAAUUGAUUUCGGGAGAAUGUUCAUUACAGUAAUAUUUAAUUGUGGUGUUCCCUUACAUCAUUAGUAUCUACGAUGAGUGCACUUGUCAAAGAAAUCAUGUCACUAUUUCGCAAUAUCUGUCACGGGUCUCCCAACCUACUGAAUGGUUCUCUAUAGAGCAUAACAUCCACUUGACAUGUUGCUACGAUCUCCACUCUGGAGUGUCAUAAAAAAUUACUGGUUAUCGAAGGCAUUCAAUAUAAAUGAUAAUCGUCCGUUUAGGGUAAUGCGCUCCUUAUAUUCGUUAAAUAGGCACAUUUUAUAUGAGAAAAUUGCACGAAUCGAUAGCAACUACAGCACUGAUCUUAUUGAGAAACUAUACUCAGUACAUCUAGACAAUUGUGGCUGGUGAGCUUCUAUUCAUCAGAGAAUAUUAUAGAGCGAUGGAACAUACAGGAAGGAAAGAACUUAUAGAAUCUUGUUUUAGAGACUGCGUUGGUGGUGAUGUACUUAUUCUACAAUGCAUGGGCUUAUACUCAAUGGGUAAUAUUUUUAGGGAUAAUAAACCACGGUGGUAUUAUUGGGAAAUUAUACCAUUUACGAUUGGAUUGGCAACUAUAACAUUUGCUGUUAUAUUCGAUACGCGUAAUGCGUAUGACACUGCUCAAGUGAAUCUUAUGUUAUCCAUUGAGGUGGCUGGAGCUGUAUUCACAGCUAUUUUAGCAGUCUUCAAAGGAUAUCGUAUAUUAUUGCGACGGACGGAGCUUUACAAUAUAUUGAAAGUUUGCCACCAGCGAUGGAUUGUCCAAACAUCACGGAAUGCCAUAACAGUGAGUGCCAUAGAAAAUGCUAAGAAUGCACGGCUGCUCAGGAUAUGUUAUGCCCUAGCUAUCAUUGGGACUAUUGGAUCUUACAACUUGCGUCCUUAUAUACUUUACCUCAAAUUUCGGGUUUCUGAGACGAAUGAUUCCUUCGAUUUUUCGCAAACUGUUUAUCCGGCUCAUUAUCCUUUCAUGUUAAAUUCAUUUAUGCAGUAUUUUUUGUGUGUCGCCUGGGAGCACAUGGGCUUAUAUUUCUUCGCUCUGUGGUGGAUCUCUGCGGACUGUCUUUUUGCCCAAUUUUCCACGUAUUUUGCGAUUGAGUUCAACAUACUCGCCACUGACAUUCGUUGCAUAGAUUCAACUACCAAAUCUGCAAGUCCGAUAAAUACGGUGGAAAUCACGCAAAAAAUAAAGAGAAUUAUUCGCGAGCAUGUUAAAUUGUUUUCAUAUGUUCAUGCGGUAGAAGACUGGUAUAAUCCAAUAAUUUUCGCGACUAUAUUAAUUAAUGGACUUAACUUAUGCAGCCUUCUGUACAGUCUUCAAUAUAGAAUUGCAGAAAAUAAUUGGAGAGACGCCAUAAAAAAUACGAGUCAUAUAACUGCGAUAAUUAUGCAAACUAUUCUUUUUUGUUCAUAUGCUCAGUAUUUAAGUGACGAGGUUAAUGGAUUCCGCCAAGCGGUUUACGGAUGUUCAUGGACAAACUUCGAUCUAUCAACAAAGGCCAUAAUUCUACUUUUAAUGAUCCACACAGAACGUGAAUACAGGUUCUCAGCGUACGGAUUGUUCGAUUUAAAUAUGUGUCAAGUGACGACAAUAUUCAGUACUGCAAUGAGAUUUUUUACAAUAUUGCGGAAUAUCACCUGAGUAACAUGUAUGAACUUUUUUUUAGAAAAAUUUCGCAAGCGAUGUACAUCUUUGUAGUCUAUCAUCCAAUAAACCAACUGGUUGGGAC